GCCAACUUGGCCCUUGGUGCGCAUGGCUCUGCAUGGCUUUGCAUGGCUUUGGCACCUCUUCUAAGAUCUGCGGCGGUGCUUGAUCUUCUGGAGGGUGAUGUAGUGCUGCCCACUCACCAGCCAUGCCUCGAGAAGGUCGGCGAGAAUGCGGAGGAUCUGAGGCCGAAGCUGGCCUCUGCGGACGUGGAUGCACGGGUCUUCGGUCUGCAGGCCUUCUUGGAGAACCCAGUGAAGACGCUGAAGACGCUGUCUCUCAGCAAGGCCCGGAAGAGUCGCUUCAGCGUCAUCGGCCGGGCCCUGGGCGCUCGGAGCUCCCGGCACUGCGCACCCAGCGUCGCGGCGCUCACCGAGUCGGUAGCCCUCAUCGCCGGCCUGCUGAAGCGCCGGCGCAACGGGAAGCACACGGAGACGGAGCCGACGGAGCCGACGAAGCCGACGGAGCCGGCGGAGCUGGCGGUGGUGGCCGAGGCCCUCAGCUCCGCUCUGCAACUGCUGCAGGAGUUGCCGGAGGACGAGGACGAGUUCUUCCACUUCCUGGAGAAGCUCUUGGCCAAAGUGCGCUGGGCUGCGCUCCACCCAGGCAGCGUCCUGCUGAUUCCUUGUGGAUGGCUACGUCGGAGGUCAUCCGCUGCAAGCCCUCAGGAUGACCUGGGACACUGCGUGCUGCUGGUCCUGCACCGCUGCAAAGAUGAGGAAGAGUUCCUGAUGGGCGUGAUCAACACGGGCGAGGGGCUGCAAUAUCACCCAGCUAGCUUGUCCCGAGUUCAGCCGAAUCCCGAGAUGGUGUUGCGACAAUCGCCCUUGAUUCUCAACAAGAUACCACUGGAACGAGCAUGCUCUAGUGCAGUUUGGUACUUGCUCUUCCGCCAGAUCAUGCAUCCAGAUCCUGACAACGGCGCUGAUGCCAUGUACGGGGUGCUCCUGCCCUUUCUUAAUCAGAAGCCUCUCAGCGCCAACGACCCCGAGGGCUCCUGGCACGAGCCGCUGCCGGCGGCCGGCGAUCGGUCCUUCGCGCUGGCCGUGGAGCGCUCCGUGCGCUUCAUGCUGGUGCUGUCCGGCAUGGAAGAAUCAGAUGCCAGCUGGUGGAGCAGCGUCAACUUGCGCCAGGCGCUGGUGGAGUGCAUGGAGGAGGCGCUGACGGCCCAGGACCUCCGGGCCCCCGCCACCGGGGAGUUCGCGCUGCUGCGCGUGGGGAUCAGCUCGCUGGCCCGCGCCGCGCAGACCCAGGCCUCUCGGGCCAAAGAGCCCCAGCUCAGGGAGGUCCAGGCCUACGUGGAGCGUCUGGACGCCAAGGCCCUGAACCUGGAGCACUCGCAGCGCCACGCGCGGUCCGUGCAGCCGCCAGCCUGGGUGGCGACAGACACGGAGACACGCUUCGGGGGCUUCGGGCGCGUGCUGCUCCAAGACGUGGAGCCCUUGAAGGGCGAGGUCAAGCAUGGCUCCCUGAUAUUGCCCUGCCUGCCUUCAGCACUUCCAGCAGAGAUCAAGAACUGCUCAGAGGCUGCGGAAUGCUGCCGUUUGGUCAGCAGCAUGCUCACCCUGAUGAUGAAUCAGCAAAGUCGCUUGCCUCACGCCCCUGCAUCCUGCUUCGCUUUGGUGGUGCACUUGAUGGCCAGAUUGCUUCCGAUGCCUUUGCCGGUAGAUGAUGCCCAGCCAGAAGCGUGCUUCUGGGCGACGGACUUGACGGUGGAGACCAAGAAGGACCUGCUGCGCAGUCUGCACAUGAUCUGCCGCGGCUUCUCGGCGGCAGCCACCGCGCUGAGCGCCGCCCGCGCCACCCGCGAGGCAGAUGGCGCACGGACCUGCGUGGCCGCCGCGCUGGUGGCGGUCAUGGACGCGCUGCUGCGCCGGCCGCUGUCGUCGCAGCUCGCUGAGAAUCUUGCUGUGCAGGAGCGGCACGGGGACCUCUUCUCGCUGCACUACUCGGGCCAAAGCGGCCAGAGCGGAAGCCAGAGUGGAAGCAGCGGUUUCCGGGGUCCGUGUCAGCCCUUUGUGUUGGGCUCGGGCACAUUCCGGGAGACCUCGGAGGCGCUGCUGUUGCCGCAGCCGGAGCUGGCAAUGCUCCGCGCCCAAGCUCUGGACUACUUCCAGAGCCUCGAAAGCGAGGGCUCCCAUGCCAUCUUCAACUUCGACCAGGCCAUGACGCCCAGCUCCGCAGACCGAUUGCUGGUGGAGCAGCUGAGUUUGAGCAUCGGUCUGGAUGCGCCUGCGCACUCUUUGCUCACAGGGGAGCGGCCUGAACUGAUCGACUUCUUCCCCGAGCUGGGCUGGCUUCGAGACGCCGUGUUUCUGUGGAAAGUGCUGCUCUUGCCACCCAGCGACGACAAGGCAGCGCGACCCAGCAUGUCCCUGGCGCCCUUGCAAUGGAAGUGGUCUGCCCGGCGCAAGUCCCGGAAGAGCCGGAUCUUCCGAGAGAACUCGGAGGAGAAGAAUGAUGGGUUCUUUCUGGUGCAGGGCUUCGAGGCGCGCGCCACGAGCUGGUGGAACAGUCGCUGGCAGGGCCUGGAGAACCUGAAGCGCUGGCUCAAGGGCGAGGACGGGUAUCGCUCAGACUUCAGGUCCGUCAGCCAGGCCAAUCCCAGCCUCCUGGCUGGCAGCAAGGUGCAGUCAGAGGAGGACAUCUUGGCGCUGCAGUCGGUUCCCAGCUUCGGGGCGCUGAAAGCGUCGGAGAGUGAGCUGCUUCUCACGUACCUCGUCGCGCCGUACCUGCGCAUACCCUUGGUGUUGAACUUCUUUUGGGACAAGCAGCGCAUGACUCUGCUCCAGGAGCCUCAAUUACAGGCAAUCUUGGAGGCCACCUUGUUUGAGCCCGGCCCGUGGCUCCCACACCAGGAGGCGCCCGCGGAGACGAUCCCGUCGUCGAAAUGUUUGGGCACGAGGGCGGGGCUGCUUCUGAACGAGCUGCAGUUCUCCUCGGACGUGCUGUCGGCGUGUUUGCGGCUGCUGCGCUUUGUGCACGAGCAGGACCCGGGGCGGCCAGGCACGGCGGGCACCGGCAAGGAGGCGCUCAUCCUCUUCAUCGUGCGCCUCGCGGUCCGGGUGGAGAGCUACGCGGUGCUGGUCUUGGACAAGCAAAAGCAGCGCGCCGGCCGGCGCCAAGUUUCUGUGAUGCAGCAAGCGUCACAGAGAAUUCAAGCAGGGCUUCAAGAAUUGAGCAAUAUGUUGCGCAACGAGAUCAUGCAGAUGCUGCUGGAAUGGGCUGCGCAGGCAGUGAAGAAGCAGCCAAAGAUGAUGGCCGCAGCUGCUCGAGUUCACGCGCACAUCGCUUAUCUUUUUAAGAAUCACUUGCCGGAGACUGUGCAGCAUGUGUCCAUCUUCCUUGCAUCCCAAGUCUUCGUGGUUACCAACUACAACUUCAGUUGGACAUCUCAGGAGGCCAAAGCCACAACUCUUCAGGUUGGCGAGUUUGAGCUCUUCGACGUAUUCGAGAAUCAGCGCGGGCAUGUGGCACGCUGGCUAAGAGGGCACACUUCUGAGGCAGCAGUGGUGAUGGAACACGUGGAGAGAGUUGUAACUUGUCGUGGGGCCGCGUUUGUGAACUGUGCACCUCGGGAGUGGCGUGAGCUUCCGCACGAGCCUGGAAACUGGACCCUCCACGAGCCGACCGAGUCGGAGACGGAAAAGCGCAACGAGUACAAGGACUGCAAGGGCUACAAGGACUGGCUCCAGCAGGCGUAUCACGACUGCGGCGUGGUCAUCUCCACCAACCAAGGUCGGUACCACUGCCGCGACGCCGGGCUGCAGCUGCUGCCGGACGACGUGCUGCGCUCGCCCCACUUUGUGGAAGCCUGCGGUGACCUCAGUGACAUGCAGGCCAUCCUGCGGGAGGAGACUCUGCGGCGCACCUGCUUUGAACUGGUGGGGCAAAACCUUGAGGUGCAUCGCUGGGAUACCGAGUCACGGCAACUUGCGAGCGCCUCUGGCUUGACUGUGGUGCCCACCAAUGAGCUUCCAGAGGCUCUUACUCCUUUGCUGGCUCUGCUGCCAGAGCUGCAGAAGAUGAGCUUCCAUCGCUGCCGCCCUGUCAAGGAGGCAGAUGUGUGGCUGCUUGCAGUCGGAGACGAUGGUAUUAGCAUGGAGGUCGGCGUGUGGCUCAGCCCAUGUGUCGUGGAGAUCUAUGACCUAGUCAGCCACGGUCGACAGAUCUACCGUCGCCUGGUGUUCACCUCUGACAGCACCUGGUCCUUUCACAUCCCAAAGGGGCCCGAGCUCGUGCUGUACUCCCAGCAGGGUGCAGGAUGGAGCCUUGGAAAAGGAGUGGUGGGUGAUCUCGAGCCCGGUCAGAGCGUCCAGAGCGUGCGCAUCUUCCGCACAGGUGCGGGUCAUCAGGAGUACAUUCCGCAGGAGAUGCUCCAGGGCUUGUUGCCAGACGCGCUGCUGGAGCGCUACAAGUUUUGGCGACAGGUAAAGGAGGGCUCCGAGAGCCUUUUGGGGGAGGAGCGAUUUGAAGUGGACCAACCGUCGCGUCUCAGGGUGCAGCUGACGCCUGGUAGCUCCGGAGAAGCGCUUGCCACAGUGGAGAGGCGCAAGUUGCGCCCUGGCGAGAUGCUGGCGACCCAGCCAGCGCAGUGGGAAGAAAUGCAGCCCGAAGUCUUGGUGAAUGCCAGGAGCAAGAUGGGGGGCCUCAACGAGCUGCUAGCUCGCUUGGAGAACCUUUCCCACAUCUUGGUGUGGCGUGACGCAAAUGGUACCGGGGUGCAGCGUGUGGAGCUGCCAAGACUCUCACUCUCGUUUUCCUGGCACGAUGGACGCCUGUGUUGCGACCAGCUUGCCGGGUAUUGGCUGGUGGAGCGGCCGCAAGAGCUGCCUUUUUUGGUGCACCAGCUGGUGGCACACUGGGGCGGCGGCAGCGUGCUGCUAGCGGCCGCGGACGGCCUGGCGGUGCUGGUGUCGGCCCUGGCGGAGCCCGUGAGGCCCUCCAAGGCUCUCAGCUCCAACUCGGGGCCCGCGGAGCAUUUGCUGCCGGGGCAGCUGGUGCUGCGCCGGGGGCGGCCCGCCUGGACCGCCCGCCUUGCUGAAGGUUCAAGGUACUACUGCUACCCACUGCAUCGGUGCAACCAGAUGGUCUUCACGCCCACACCGGCGGCGGCGCUGUAUCUGCUGCUCUGCCGAUACCUUACAUGGCACUUCGAAGAGGUGGCGGCCAUGGCCACCGCCAUCUCCGAGGUCACACGCCCUGAGGAGCAGCAGCUCUGGGAGUGUUUGAGCGUCCUGCAGGGCGAAUGCCAUGCUGAUGCCGUGGCAUGCCGCCUGCAUCUCACGCUGGCAAGCCUGCCCUUCGGCAAGCAAGCACGGCCGCCCUGGGACGUGGCAAGACAGCUUCUGGAAUACGGCCGCAAGAGGCACUUGGUCUCAUCGGCCUGCGCCUUGUCUCCACAGCAAGAGCUGGUGCUCCACGCCCUGCCGGAGCUCGAGAGCGUUCUGUGCACGCGGCGCCAGAUGCUGAGCCAACUCCUGGCCUCUCACUCCAGUGGCAACCAGAAAUCUGUGGUGGUGCCUUUGGGUCCUCAAUUGGAGGAUGCUGGUUUCGAUCGUGAGAAGUACCGGGAUCUUCUGGGCGAAGUUGGGCUCUUCACGAGGAUGGCCUGCUCCAUGCAGGGUCUCACAUACAGCAGGCCAGAGGGCGAUCGCCCGGUGCUGGAAGGGAGCGCGGCCUUGAAAUUUCUGAACGGCCUAUUUGGAACCCGAGGUCUGGCUUUCAAAGGGAGUUUCUUCCUAUUAUAUGAGCUCUUUACCGGAACGCUGGAGCUGAAGAUUUUGCCGGAGGACCAGUCCAGCACUUUGGCGUCCUGCCUGCUGCGGCUGCUGGACAGCGCCACGCCCAUGGAGUGGGCGGUGCUGCGGUCCCUGGACUCCACCCCGGAGAUCCGCGCCGAGAUGCCGCUCUGGGGCUCCGCCGCUGCCAAGCGCGUCUGGCAGGUUGGAGCCUUGCUGAAGUUCGAUCAUGACUCUGCUUCACGGCUGCUGCGAAGCGCUGUGAAGCACUUGAACCAGAACCAUCGGUAUUUGCAGCCCGUGAAGGCGUUCCCGGCCUUCCAGCUGGCGGACGGCACCUUGGUCAUUGACCCCAACGACAUUCAUCACAGAAGGCUGUGGUCACCUCCAUUGACUGCCGAUGUGAACUGCGCCAGCAGAGGAUUCAGCGCCACAUGUCCGUCGCACCAGGCUUUGGGCUCCUGUCCCCUGACCCACAGGGUGGGUGAGGCCGAGCCACCGACUUCGGCUAAGGCCGAGCUGGAGAGCGCUUUGCAGAAGCUGCGCGGGCCGCACGCGGAUCCCAACUUCCGGUUCACGUCUUUGGCCCCGGGCCAGCGGACGCUGCAGCGCCUGCUGGGCGAGCUGGCGGAAGCUCCGGCCCCGGCGGCCCCGGCGGCGAGCGGCGCCGGCCCCGCGCUGCGGGCCCAGGCCGCCGCGGACCUGGCGGGGGCGGCGGAGCGGGCGCAGCGGGCCCAGGCUGCCGCCCACUGCGGCGGGGCUGCGGCCUGGCUGCGUCGCCGCUGCGGCACCGCGCCGCGGCUCAGCUUCCCCGCGCUCGUGGCGGCCCUGAUGGCGCAGGAGCCAGAGUGCAGCGACGCGCUAUGCCGGGCCAAUGAGGAGCUGCGGGAGCAGUCAAUCCGCGGCAUUUUUGAGGACGUGGCAUUAUCGCUGGCUCUGCUGGUACGCGCAGGGCAGGCCACCCGUGCGGCUGAGAAGUCCGAGGAUCUGGAGAAGCUGAAAGAGAAGACUUUGGCAAGUCGCUUUGAGCAGCCUGCGAAGGCGGAGGAGCUGGCACGGUCACAGGCUUCACGGGCACUGAGCGAGGAGCUGACAGCUAAGAGGCACCAUGCGAGAUGCUCAGAGUCCUCUGUGGUCUUUGAUCCCCGGCUCCUGGUCUUCGAGUUCCUCUUCGACAUCAUGCUGCGGGAGACCCAGGUUCGGACGCUGGGUGCUUUUCUCAAGAGUGCCAGGGCGGGACAGGCGAUGUGCCACCAGAUGAUCAUGGGAGACGGCAAGACCACUGUGAUUGCUCCGCUGCUGGCGCUGAUCCUAGCAGAUGGCUCCGCCUUGGUUUGCUCCUGUAUGCCGGCGGCGCUGCUGGAGAUGUCCCGGUCAGUUCUGGCCAGGUGCUUCUCGUCCCCUGUGGCGCCAAAGGCGGUGAUCACCUUUAAGUUCGGCCGCACCUCGCGAGCAGACCAAGGGCUUUUCGAGAAGAUGGAGGCUGCCCGGAGCAGCCGCGCGGUGGUGGUGGCAGAUCCCAGCUCCUUGAAGAGCUUGCUGCUGGGCUUAUUGCAGACGCUGAGCCAGCUCAGUGAGCUGGGGGAGAGCUGGUGGUCCCCACUCCCAGAGCAGCGAGAGCUGGAGACGGAGGCCCGCGUGUCCAGCCGUGUGCUGCACAUGUUCCACCGUGGGGUCUUGCUGCUGGACGAGGUGGAUCUGUUGCUGGACCCUCUGAAGAGCGAGCUAAAUUGGCCCAUGGGGGAGAAACGGGCCAUCGACCUCAUCGAGCCAGAGCUUGGGGCCGCCUGUCUCCGUGGCCGGCUGCCCUUCCACAUCUUGGACGCCAUCUUCGCCACGGCCGCGAGGGCCCCAGGAGAGAACGCUGAGGGCUCGAUGCGGGCGAUGCGGAAGGCGACGGUGCCCUUCUCGGACCGCCAGGAGGCAGUGAGGUGCCUCUCGCGGCUAGCGGCGGAGCUGGCUGCGGGCCACGAGAAGCGGCGGGUCCGGCUCUCCCCGCAUUUGGUGCUCCAGUCCCAGAGCUUCUACGAAGUGCACAUGCUGCCCCUGCUGGUCGACUGGACUGCGUUCUUCCUGGAGGCCCACGAGGGUACCUUGGGGCUGUCGCCAAAGGAGCUGCGCCAGGCACUGCGGCGCCACCCAGGGCCCCAGCUGAGGGAAAGUGGACCUUCAGCGCAGCUCUUCCACCUGGCAGUGCGUUGGCUGCAUCAGCUGCUGCCCUUCAUGCUGAAGAAGGUCCACCGGGUCUCCUAUGGCCUCCUCUCCAGCGAGCAACUUGCCGAGGGCCCACCUUCACGGGCACUGUUGGCCGUUCCCUUUGUGGGAAAGGACCAACCAAGCGAGCAUGCGGAGUUCUCCCACCCAGACGUGGCCAUCGGCUUCAGCAUCAUGGCUUACCGCCUGCAGGGCCUGCGGAGCAGUGACCUCGUGGCCCUGAUCUCGGCCCUCCAGGCAGAGAUGAAGCUGGAGAGCGGCCCCUUCCACCGCCGCGUGGCCAACCGGCUCUUUGUGAGGAUUGUCAUGGAGGCUGGAGGACGUGUCCGAGGCUUUUCCUUGGAUGGCCACUGGUUGGGGGACUCCAAGAGCCUGAAGAUCUUUGAGGUGGAGCACAACGUGUUGCCACUGGAAGCGCUGGACAUUACCGAUGCCGCUUCUUGCCAGCUUGAGGACCAGAUGGCCCAGCUGGCGCUGCUGAAGUCGGAGCCGCUGGCUGUGGAGCACUUUCUGCUCAGCGUGCUGCAGCCGGGCAAAGGCACGGUGGACACCAGUGACCAUCAGCUCACAGCGGCCGGCCAGGAUCUCGCUGGAGAGCAGCUCUUCGGGCUUUGCCUGGGCUUCAGUGGCACGCCCAAUGACCUGCUGCCACGGCGCCUGGGGCGUUGCUGCUACUCCCCGGGCGUGGACCGGCGAGUGCUCACAACCCUCAGCGAUUCGGCCGUUGUGGACGUCCGGGAGGUGGCUGCCGAUUGGUCGCCCUGCGCCCUGCUGGACAUUGCGGCCUCAGGCUUUACCGCCUUCAUCGACGUCGGGGCUCUCAUCACGGGAAUGAGCAACAAGGAGACGGCAGAGUACUUGCUCCGCAAGGGGCUUGCAAACUUCAAGGGGGUAGUGUUCUUGAACUCCGGCGGCGAGCGCUUGGUGCUGUUGCGAGAUGGAUGGCAGGUGGUGGACUUGGCGCAGUGCGGCCUGGCACCAUGCCAGCGCUUCACCUUCUACGAUCACGUACACACGACGGGCAUGGACAUCAAGCAGCCGGUGGGCGCUGAGGCACUGCUGACCAUGAGCAAAGACACCACGCUGCGGGAUUUCGCGCAGGGCGCCUACCGGAUGCGUGGCCUGGGCCGGGGCCAGCGCAUCAGUCUUCUGAUCACCCCGGAAGUGCGUCACCUCAUCGAGGAGUGCCAAAGCGCGUGCAAGCUCAGCCGUGGGUCCGUGACGCUGGACAGCUUCCUGCACCAGUCGCCCACCCGGGAGACCCGGCAAACGGAUCUAGUGAUCAAGGCGCUGGUGUGGUCCACAGCCAACGGGAUCCGCCAGGAGUGCCGCAAGCAGACGCUUCUCUGCCAGCAGAAUUUCCGGGACAUCUGGCGCCGCAAGGCCCGGGCCGCGCUGGAGACCGUCUCCGAGAAGUCGGCGCUGGCGAAGCUCUCCGGCGCGUUGGAGGAGCUGCGGAGCCGGCCGCAGAGCGCGGCGCUGCCGCGCGAGGUGCAGCUGCCCGAGACGGAGACGCGCGCCACGGCGAAGCAGAAGCUGCUGGCCGAGCUCAAGGAGCGCAGCGGCACGGCCCAGGAGCUGGCGGAGGCGGAGGCGAUCUUGGCCGAGUGCUGGGAGAGCGAGGAGCUGGAGCCGGAGGAGGGCUUGCAGGGCUUGGAGGGCGAGCAGGUGCAGGAGCAGCAGCAGGAGCAGCAGCAGGAGCAAGCGCAGGAGCAGGAGCAGGAGCAGGAGCAGGAAGAAGAACAGGAGGCAGAGGAGGAGCGCGAGCUGUUGCGCGAAGACAAAGCUGAUAAGUUCUCACGAGCUGAUGAAGGCCAAACAUCCUGGCGCCUCGACUGUUUGAGCCGUGCUCCAACUGCUUCUGGCGCGCCGCCCUUCUAUUCGCUCUCCGAGUUUGCCGUGCACCCCGGGCUGGGCGGAGAUUGCCAGUUCCUGGAGAUGCCGAGCUUCCUGAUGGUCAGUGAGAACCACUACCGCAAGGGUUGGAGGCUCGGCGCGACACGGAGGCUGCGAAACAUCGUGUGCUUCUUGGAGUGGGUGCCCGACAAGAAGCAGUUGGCGCCGCUGGAGGUGCCCUGCGAACUGUCCGAGGAGCAGACAAAUUGGCUUCGCCUGCUCUUCACCCUCACCACAGGGAGUGGGGCGAACGGGGCAAUGCGGCAGCUUUGCGAGUCGUGCGGCCUCGAAGAAGGCCAUUUGACGCCUGUGUCUUGUGACUUCCAUGUUCUGCGAGACGCCCUGGCGUCCCAGUCCAUCUACGCCUACCAAAGGGGCCGGCACUUCGUGGCCCUGUCGCUGGCUGAAGCUGAGCACUUACGAGCCGCACUGCACCGGAUGGGCCAGGACGGGCUGCAGGACUGCGGCCUGGCGCUGCGGUGCCUCAGCUCGGGGCCCACGGUGCUGGCGGCCACGGGCCCCGUGGAGGCGCCCCAUGCCUACCAGCUGCAGGUGGCGGAGCAGUGCCUGCACUUUGCGAACUGCUCGGACGCGCAGCUGCGUGCCCCGGUGUUGCUGCGCGCGCUGCGUGCCUCCGACCCCGAGCAGCGAUUCCGCUGGUGGCAGGGCCUGCGGCGCUGCCGGCGCCGGACGGCGCUGCCCUGGCAGCGACGACCCUCGCUGAGGGAUGUCUUCACAGAGAAGCACGAGUUCAAGGAGUUGGCAACGGGCGCGCUUCUGCAGCGCUUACGGGAGUCCCUGGUGCAGAGACAGCUGUGGCCAGCAGAUGUGUUCCACCGCCUGGACAGCCACAAUUCUGGCAGCCUGGGAAUGGCGGAACUGACAAGAGGCUUGCCUUGGAUGCUGGGCGAGGAAGAGACGUCAAUGAGAGAAGCGCAAAGCUGCGCGCUGGCUGCCCACGCUCAGUUCCUAGCACUUGUCGGGGCACUUUUCAACAAGCUGGAUCGUGACGGUAACGCCCGAAUCGAUGUGGAGGAGUUCAAGGCGGCCCUGGAGCCCGACGAGGAGUCCAAAGGAUGACCCUGUGUAGUCUAUGGCCCUCCCCGAACCCACAUCCAAACUGCUGGCAAGGCAGUCGAAGCUGACGGAGGACCUCGUGGAAGAGCUGGGACUUGAAGCCGGCUGAAAUCUGAUCGAUUCAACUUAGCGUCGAAUGUGUCACACGUCGGCUCAAAGUGGUCCGAUGUCGCCAGAGCAAAACGUCAGUGUGUUUUGUCAAAGU